AUGUUCUUUGGUGUGGCCGGGGUCACAGGCCUCUUCCCUCUUCCUGUUCCCUCCCUCAGUGCCGUGUCGCAACCAAGUGGGGUGGUUACCAUGGAGAGAUUGCUGCUAUGCGUGAUGUUGGUGGUCGCUAUGGCGGUACGGGCACAGGUUUGCCCCAAACGCUGCGUCUGUCAGAUCCUGUCACCCAACUUGGCAACCCUGUGUGCCAAGAAAGGCCUGCUGUUCGUACCGCCAAACAUCGACAGGCACACGGUGGAGCUGAGGCUGGCCGACAACUUUGUCACAAACGUGAAGAGGAAAGACUUUGCCAACAUGACGCGCCUAGUAGAUCUAACACUCUCCCGAAAUACCAUCUCAUUCAUCACACCUUAUGCCUUUGCUGAUCUAGAAAACCUCAGAGCCCUUCACCUCAACAGUAAUCGACUGACAAGAAUAGGCAACGACACGUUUAGUGGGAUGUCCAGACUGCAUCAUUUGAUCCUAAACAACAACCAACUGGUCCUCAUUCACCAGGGAGCGUUCAAUGACCUGCUCGCACUGGAAGAGCUGGACUUGAGUUACAAUAAUCUGGACUCUAUUCCAUGGGAUGCCAUUCAGAGAAUGAUAAGUCUACACACAUUGAGUUUAGACCACAACAUGCUGGAGUAUAUUCCAGAGGGGACCUUUUCACUUCUGCAAAAACUCAACCGGUUGGACGUCACCUCCAACAAACUCCAAAAGCUUCCCCCGGAUCCACUUUUCCAACGAGCACAAGUCUUGGCCACUUCAGACGUGUUAACCCCUUCUGCAUUUGCGCUCUCUUUUGGCGGCAACCCUCUCCACUGCAACUGCGAGUUAUUGUGGUUACGACGGCUGAAGAGAGAAGACGACCUAGAGACAUGUGCGACUCCCCAGCACCUCUCCGGACGAUACUUCUGGUCCAUUCCUGAAGAGGAGUUCUUGUGUGAACCACCUCUCAUCACCAGAUAUUCCCACGAGAUGAGGGUCCUAGAAGGGCAGAGAGUCGCACUCAGGUGUAAGGCGCGUGGUGACCCAGAACCAGCCAUCCACUGGAUUUCUCCAGAGGGCAAGCUGGUCUCCAACUCAUCUCGGACCGUGGUCUACACUAACGGGACCCUGGACAUCAUCAUCAGCACGGUGAAAGACACUGGUUCUUUCACCUGUAUCUCCUCAAACCCAGCAGGCGAAGCACAUCAAACUGUGGAUCUAGUGAUUAUAAAACUGCCUCACAUCUCCAACAAUACCAACAACAUCCAGGAACCAGACCCUGGAUCAUCAGACAUCUCCACAUCCACACGUGGGGGGGCAAAUGGCAGCAACGUGACAGGGGACGUGAAGGGAGCCGAUAAGAGAGUGGUGACAGCUGAGGCCACGUCUUCAACCGCACUCAUCAAGUUCAACUUUCAAAGGAAUAUCCCAGGAAUACGCAUGUUCCAGAUCCAGUACAACGGGAGCCAGGACGACUCGCUGGUGUACCGAAUGAUUCCUCCUUCAAGCAAGAACUUUCUGGUGAACAACCUGGCAGCGGGAACCCAGUACGACCUGUGUGUGCUGGCCAUUUAUGAUGACGUCAUCACCUCUCUGACGGCCACGCGAGUGGUGGGCUGCGUGCAGUUCUCCACAGAGUCGGAGUACAUGAGGUGCCAGUUCAUGCAGUCGCAGUUCCUCGGCGGCACCAUGAUCAUUAUUAUCGGAGGGAUCAUCGUGGCCUCGGUGCUGGUCUUCAUCAUCAUCCUCAUGAUAAGAUACAAGGUGUGUAACCCUGGAGAAGGAGGCAAAGGAGUUUCCUUAUCCAUGACCAACAUGCACUCUCAGACCAACGGGCCGCAGUCUCAGGGCUGCACAGUCACUCCCAGUUCAUCCAAACACGGCUCUAUCGGACUGGACGAUCUCUCCGGGGAAUCGAAGAAAAGGCCUGGAACCGUGGCCAAAGACACAGUGAUUCAGUCCUCUGAAUCUGCAGGGAUGGGACAGAGUUGGGCAGCCAAGAGUCCCACCACAACCACGGUGGCUAUAGACGAGAAGACCACUUUAACUGGGGAGAUAGCCCAACUCUCCUCCCCCUCCAACUCUGGCUCACUGCCCAAACCAAAACGCAAACCAGCACCCACCAAACCGGGCUCGUCCUGUUCCAAUGCCUCGGCCUCCUCGACUGUCCUGACCGAAGUGCUCUCCCGCCCCACCUCCUCCAGCCCCUGCUCCACCCUCCUUCCUUCUUCCACUCCCCUGGAAAACCUCAACACCAACAGGAACAACUCCACCUCUUUAAACCAGUCACCUCCUGUGCUCAGCUCCCUACCGCUGGCCAGUCCCAGCCCUCGCUUCAGAGACACUCCCAUCCUGCGCCGGGCCCCUCGCACGGCCUCCUCCGGCUCCACCAAGUACCAGACUCUCCCUGUGGAGGAUGGCGGGCGGAGCCGGGCCCGCCGGAGGUACUCCCUCAGUGAAGGAGGCUCAAAGACUAGCACACUCCAGCAGGGGGUCAGCAGUGCUCCUAAGCUGGGACGAAUAAUGCGUAACAAGAGGAGUCAAUCCAUGAGUGCAAUGCUACUCGCAAAAGAGGCCGAGGACUCUGAAAAAGGCCGGUGCGAUUCAGACUGGAUUUUAGAAAGCACAGUUUAA